AUGAGCCAAUCUCCAUCGCCUAGUGAUGAUCAAAUUGUGAGUUCACAAACUCGUAAACGUACAUACCCGACUUUAUACUGUUGUUAUUUAUUACAAUCCAUAGCCAAAAGGAGAUCAUUCUACAUAGGUUCCACGCCUCACCCAGUACGUAGACUAAGACAGCAUAAUGGUAUUCUGAGCAGAGGUGGUGCUUACAGGACCAAAAGGGAUGGAACUAGACCAUGGGAGAUGAUCGUGGUGGUUUAUGGAUUUCCUAACAAGAUUGCAGCGUAUCAAUAUGAACAUGCUUGGCAGCAUGCAUAUAGUACCCAUUUCAUAGCCAAGGAUGAGAGAAUUGUGUCUAAUAAAACUGCAGGUCGAACUUUACAUCAUAAACUUGGAGUUAUUAGGCAAUUGAUGAAUAAUGAAUAUUUCCAGCACAUGAAUCUUAAUGUUCAUUUUUUUAAUUCAGAUAUCCUAGAGAUGUGGGACGCAAAUAAGUUUGAUUUGACUAUUACAGAUUUGGAGGAUGAUCAAAUUACUUUGUCCCAACAAUCUCAAAAUAUUCCAAACGUUUUGGAAGCAGAUGACAUUAUAAAUAUCAGUGAUAAAAAUUUACAGUUGGUGACAGAGUUUUAUGAUAAAAUUAUUCAAAAAGAAAUGUAUUCAAAAGAUAUCUAUAAAGAAAAGUUAAUUUACGGCAGCAGGACCUGUCAAAUUUGUAGUAAGAAAUACGAUUAUACAUCUGAAGAUGAUGAUUUAAAACCUUAUAUAUUGUUCUGUCCAAACAAGGAGUGUGAUUUUGAAUCUCAUUUGAGUUGUCUGUACGCUAAAUGCAUGUCUAGCUCUGACAAUGAAGCAAGAAUUAUACCCAUUUCUUGUCAUUGCUCCAGCUGUAAUAUUAGUUUUAAUUGGACAAAAUAUAUAGAAAUAGCCACUUUAAUUAAAUCCUUAGAUAAAUAA